GAGACAGAAAGAGAGAGAGAGAGAGAGAGAGCGAGCAGGCUGGCUCUCAGACUCCUCUCCUCGGUACAGUCAGAGUGAACUGCGGGGGCAGAGUGAGUGGAUAGCUGCAGUAGUCCUCCUCGACAGCGGAAAAGAGCCUCAAAUAAGGAUUUAGUAUCGACUCACAACUCCCGCUUUUGUUUCAUUUUCACCUCCUUCAUUUUGGGAUUCGACAAACGGAACUUUUCUGCUUCUUCUGGAGUUUCUAGAGACGUUUUUCUUCUGUUCAGACAUGGACAGUCGGCGCCCCGCUGCAGGGAGCGACUGGCCGGUGUUCGCUCACUAGUCACGGGAGUAAAAACUCUACCAACUCGGGACUUUUUUUUUUUACUGGAUGUUUCUAUGAAGCGCUUCGCCGUUUUGCUCCUCAGUUCUGGGAGUUCGCCGUGGAUUUACCAGCUUCACAGACGGAUAGCUCCUCCUCGUGAUUCCCUGUCGACGACCAGAAGGAUUUACGCUUCUAAAGUUGCAGGAAAAACAUGGAGACUGUAAGUCGGCAGAGCUUCCAGCCUCAUCCGGGACUGCAACAAACUCUCAAGCAGUUUCACCUCAGCUCUAUGAGCUCUCUGGGCGGCCCGGCGGCUUUCUCUGCCCGGUGGCAACAUGAGCUCCUCUUCAAGAAGGACGGCAAGGAGCCCGAGCCGGUGGUGCUGCAGCAUCUGCCGCCGCCGCCGGUGAUGCCCGGCCCGCUGUUCAUCCCGUCGGACCGCUCCACGGAGCGCUGCGAGACGGUGCUGGAAGCCGAGACCAUCUCCUGCUUCGUGGUCGGCGGCGAGAAGCGGCUGUGCCUGCCGCAGAUCCUCAACACGGUGCUGCGGGACUUCACCCUGCAGCAGAUCAACUCGGUGUGCGACGACCUGCACAUCUACUGCUCCCGGUGCACGGCGGACCAGCUGGACAUCCUCAAAGUCAUGGGGAUCCUGCCCUUCUCGGCUCCGUCCUGCGGCCUCAUCACCAAGACGGACGCCGAGCGGCUCUGCAACGCCCUGAUCUACGGAGGAGCAUACCCGCCGCGCUGCAAGAAGGAGCUGGGAGGAGGUGGAGGAGGAGGAGGAGGAGGCUCGCUGGAGCUGGAGCUCACCGAGAGGAGCUUCAAAGUCUACCACGAGUGUUUCGGCAAGUGCAAGGGCUUGUUCGUGCCGGAGCUGUACAGCAGCCCCAACGCAGCGUGCAUCCAGUGCAUGGACUGCAGACUCAUGUACCCGACGCACAAGUUCGUGGUGCACAGUCACAAGGCACAGGAGAACAGGACUUGCCACUGGGGCUUCGACUCGGCCAACUGGAGGGCGUACAUCCUCCUGGGCCAGGAUUACUCGGGGAAAGAGGAGAAGGCCCGUCUGGAGCAGCUCCUGGACGACAUCAAGGAGAAAUUUGACUUCGCCAACAAGUACAAGAGGAAAGCAUCGUCCAGGGCGUCUGAUCCCAUCCCGAUGAAAAAGCCCAAACAUGAAGACUUCCCAUCGCAAUCCCUGCUGGCGGACAAAGAGAAGCAGCACGACUGGCUCCAGUCCCUGUCCGCCUCCAAUAAGGGGUUAAACUGCAUCCAGCCGAGACAGAGGCCCUCAGCUUUCAGACCGUGGUCCCCCCACAUCUCUGCUGGUGAUAAAGAGCCCUCCAAUCACCCCCUGGCGCUGCUGAGAGACAGCUUCUACAACUAUAAGAGCCUGGAGAAAGCUGUGGCCCCCAAUGUCGCCCUCACGCCGCUGCCCCUGGGGAAGGUGGGUCCCCUGUCCCCGUCGGUACCCAGCACCUCGCAUCCGAGUGGAGGUGAACCCCCAGGCGAGGGCGCCAACGCCAACUCCAGGCCUCGCAAGAGAAGAGCCACAGAGGAGCUCCUGCCCCCGGUGCCAGAGUCCCCCUGCCCUCCAUCCUCACUUGCCAGCAAGCUGCCGCUGCCGCCACCACCGCCACCGCCACCUCAGGAAGACAAGGACUCUGAGGUGGAUAUCGAAGUGGAGAGCCGCGACGAAUUCACUUCGUCCCUGUCCUCCCUGUCGUCGCCAUCCUUCACCUCGUCCAGCAGCUCAGCCAAGGACUUGAGCUCGCCGGGCGCUCAGGGCCCCAUCUGCACCAUCACGUCGGCCGAGGGCGCCGUCCCCGCGGCCGCGCCCGUCGCAGCAGCCCCCGUGACCCCUUCAGAGCUGGGGCUGGAGUCGGAGCUGGAGAGCCUGAGGCAGGCGCUGGACAGCGGACUGGACUCCAAAGAGUCGAAGGAGAAGUUUCUGCACGAGAUCGUUAAGAUGAGGGUGAAGCAGGAGGAGAAAUUGGGAUCGGCCUUGCAGGCCAAACGCAGCCUCCAGCAGGAGUUGGAGUUCUUGCGGGUGGCCAAGAAGGAGAAGCUGCGGGAGGCGACCGAGGCGAAGCGAAACCUGAGGAAGGAAAUCGAGCGCCUGCGAGCCGAGAGCGAGAAGAAGAUGAAGGAAGCCAACGAGUCGCGGAUCCGCCUGAAGCGGGAGCUGGAGCAGGCCCGGCAGCUCAGAGUCUGCGAUAAAGGCUGCGAGGCCGGUCGUCUUCGCGCAAAAUACUCGGCUCAGAUCGAGGACCUCCAGAUGAAGCUGCAGCACGCCGAGGCCGACCGCGAGCAGCUCCGAGCCGACCUGCUGCUGGAGCGGGAGGCCAGGGAGCACCUGGAGAGGGUGGUGAAGGAGCUACAGCAGCAACUCUGGCCCAAAUCCAACAGUGAGAUGGAGGGGACGCCCAUGGACACGCCAGCUGAAAACUAACCCAGCAGCCAACCUCACCGCCCGACCAUCCCCCCCCCCCCAAUCUCCCCCCCAUCGCCAUGAUCCCCAACAUCUUCUGCCCAAAUCAGACCAUAAACACACCCAGGAGUCCCGGGCCGGCAAACAUCGCACCACUGUCCAUUGCGCUCACCCUCCAGAACACACAGAUAAAAAGACUCUCGUCCUCCGACCAGAGAGAAGAAACGAGGACACGAGUCCUUGUCCGUGCCCAUGAAACGUGAAAGUGAGUGGUUUCCUUGGAGAAUGACUAGAAACGGCAAAGUACAAUGAUGCAACAAGGAAACAGGUGUUUCUAAAACCAAGCACUGACUCGCACCUUCCAAACUCACAGAACUGAAUCACAAGAACGAGAGAAAGAACAGAUGUAUAGCACAAAGUCUGGUUGUGCCUGUAUUUUCUCUGACAAGAAAAUGAGGUGGGACUUUUGGACAGACGUCUGUGAUAAUAAAUGCUGAAAGAUGAUCAUAUUCUAUUAGAGCUAUACAGCUGUUGAGAGGCGUUAUAACAUCAGUGUGUCCAGGAGGAGGGCAGGGCUCACACUUAAACCAACGGUUCCCCGAAAAAUUCUCAACCAUAAUCCCUCGCCGUGACGAAGAUGGAGGAUUUUUGAAGACAUUCUAAGCUAUUUAAGAGACUACAUAUAGCGAAGUGUAAAGAAAAAAAAAAGGACAGUUUCUUUGUUUCUCUGUGCUAUUGAAGUUUUGAAAAAUAUAAAAGAUACAAUUAACUCAGAAGAUGAACAAAACAAAGCAAAUGAACUUCCCACAGUGCCACCGUGGUUUUGUCGGUUUUUCAGGAAGCCAUCGCAGUCCGCCGAGGGGAAAAGCAUCGAGUUCAAAGUUCAAGCGACUCGUCUUUUCCUCCCAUUGUUGUUUCAUAAAAUCGUAUUCCUAAUUUCUCCGGGCAGUGGGUGGGCUUGCAUUUUGGGUUGAUAUAUUUUCUCUCUUUGGAGCACAACCCUGGAUUGGGAAUUGGAAAUAAAAACAUGCUGUGUUAAAGGCACCUUUUUUUUUAAGUGAGCACUUGUUUUCGGAUGAUCAAUAACAAUAUCCAGCCGUCUCAUUGUUGCUCCCACUACGUCACACACUGGUUGCCAUAUGAUAUUUUAAGCAUUUGGGUCAAAACCCUGAAGUCUGUAUCUUGUAAAGAUAAAAUACUCCAGAUGUGAGUGCGGCCUUGUUUUCUGGUCUUUGUUAAACGCUCGAGUGAUGAAAGCCGGCAUGUUUUUACUCCAUCAGAAACCAAACCAUCAUCUAUGACAUCAUAGUGGGCUGGGAUGGGGGCGCCCUUGGCGAGAACCACAAAAUGUUCAUUUUAAUUAAAUUAAGGUAUGUAAAUAUAAAUGUAUGUUGUUGUUUUUUUUUUGUUUUUAUUUUUGACUUUACAAUAAUGAAUCGCACUUUGUCAUAACAAAAUACUGUUAUAAUGCAUUGUACUCCCACUAUUGUCUUCAAUCUUACUUUGAAAACAUCAUCGUAUACAUGACUGCUACCAUAUAAAUCCAGUAAGCAUUUUGUUGAUUAUAUGCAUCUCGAAUAAAUACUGUUCUGUUUUUCUUGAGGCAAAGUCUUGUAAAUAAACGGAAAGAUAAAAAAAAGGCUCUACCUGUUGCUUGCUGAUGCAGUCUGGGAUAGUUGGAAAGUUUUGGGCAAAAGCACUCUCCCAUUUUUUGUAAUAUAACUGACACAAAUGUCGCUCAAGCACCCCGGUUACAACUUCGAAACCAAUUUGACAAAACUCCCCGUUAACAGCAUGCGUCAGUAAGGUGAAUUGUUAUUUGGAGCCUGAACAAAAAGUCACCCGUCGGAAGAAUAAAAUCAGAUUUUAUUCAAAAAGGCAGAAGCCACAAAUCUGCCAUCACACACAGUGGGUACAAUGCAAUCAGAAUGUACAUUGUGUUAAUGCUAUUUUUCCUUUGGUUGUUGAUGUUGUUUUUAAACGUGGAGAUAUUUUAUUGCUUGUCUGUUAUGUUCACUUUUUUCAAUUGAAAAACUCAUAUUUUCUUUAUGCAUGGAAUUUGAGUUUGCCAUACAUAUAGUCAGUUAUUGGGCAUUGAUACUGUACAUGUAAAGGUUUUAUUGUGUUAUGCAAUAUAAAAGCAAUUUGUCUUAUCUAGAAGAGGAAAAAGGUAAUUACAAAAACACAGUAUAUUGCUCUCAAGAAAAAGAAACUUCACACUUGCAAAAAAAAACAACAAAAGACGACAAAAAAAAAAAGAAGAAGAAAAAAAAAAAUGUCAAUGCAAUGCUGGACAACCUCAAGUGCCUGGCCGUGGGCGAAAGGUUUCCAGAGUAGGAAAACUGAUGAUGAAGCUGUUGGGGCUGGGCCUCUCAUCAACUUCCUGUUUGCAGGUUUCAAAUUAAAAGCUCCACCCUCGCUCAGCAGCUCUUUUUAUCAGUAUUCUUAAAAACCAACCAGUUUACAAACUUUUAUUUCCUUUUCAGUGCAGAGAAAAAUUGAACAAAUGCUAGAUGCUUAAGUUUUUUUUUUUUUUUUUUUCUGAAUGAGUGCUUUUUUUUCUUCAUUUGAAAAUCAAUGAUAUGCAUGUUCAAACAAUUUUUAUAGAAGAUCUUGAAAUGCCACUUGCUUCGGCAAAUUGUUACUUUGGGUUGUACAUAAAGACUGUUUAUUCCCAGUUUGUUGAGGAUAAUAAAGAGGGCAUUAUGUUAAAAGCCCUUUUCUUAUCGAACAUUAUUGAUGUUGCUCAGAGAACAACACUGUGUCUGCAACUUUGGCAGACCUAAAAUUGGUACAUUUUGUAGUUGUUUUUACACUCAAAAGAGUCGAUAGCCUAUGUGUAGUUUACUUUACUCAUGGUUUUCUACAAAAGAAGGGAGACGAUAACGACAUUGGCUCUUCACUCUCCCGCGCAAAAAGAAAAAAGCAGUUUAACAGCGUCUUGUUUUCUAAAGGAGAAUCAUUUUGCUAAAUAAUGGACGGUAAAGCAGCAAUAACAGUCCAUAUUAAUAGACAAAUACUAGCCAGUGUGAAGAUUUGAAUAAGAAUUUACAAAUGUAAAUAUUUUUUUCAUUUACGAUAUUGUAUAAUAUAUGUACAUGGUGUUUCCUUUUUCAAAAAGAAAUCUUUUCUUACAAUAGCUGUCUUGUUUUUUUUUUUUUUUUGUUCGUUUGUUUUUUGUGUUUUAACUGAGAUGUUUCAAAAACAGCAGUGCGUAAGAGAAUAUUCCCGACAUAAACAUUUUAAUCCAUUUCUUUCUCUUUUUUUUUUUUACUGUAGAGUCUUUAUAUUGAACGACUUUUUUCACCAGUUCAUAUAUAUUUUUAACAGUAUGUUCAGUAUCAGAUAGCAGGCCUACCGUAUGGGUCUCACACACACGACUACGCCACCUUGCAGAUUGUUUCCCCCCUCAUCCUCAUGUAUCUUUUUAGCCCUGUGCUGCUGCUAAUACUAUAUAAACCUUACAAUUCUAGAAAUAUUUUUAUGUAAGAGGUAAAUGUAAGCUUUCCCAUUCAUUAAUGCCACAUAUACAGUAUGAAAAACAAGCUUGGCUUAUUCAUCUAUCUUCCUUGUUUCCCUCAUCUUUUCACGCCUUUUUCCUCAUCCCUCCUCCAACAACACCCUUCCUCUUCUCUCACGACACGGACUAUAUUGUAAAGUAAAGGACUUUAUGAGAUUAUGUUUGAAAAUAGCUACGCUUAUAUACUACAGUGACUGAAUGUACAGUGUAUAGAUGCAUUACCAGAAAUAAAGUUGUUUGUCCAGAU